UAUAAGCUGGAGGGGAGCUGUAAGGGAUGCAGAGGAGACCCAAGAAGAUCCUGCCAGUGGGCUGUGGAAAUUUCAUCUGGUCUCGGGGGAAAAAGUAAGCCGCCACCAUGAGUACGGAUGCGGAGAUGGCCGUUUAUGGCAAAGCUGCCAUUUACCUCCGAAAGCCUGAGAAGGAGAGAAUUGAGGCUCAAAGCAAGCCCUUUGAUGCUAAGAGCGCUUGCUAUGUAGCUGAUGCAAAAGAGCUGUACCUUAAGGGUACAAUCAAGAGCAGAGAUGGCGGCAAAGUCGUUGUUGAAGUUCUUGACACCAAGGAGGAGAGAACAGUUAAGGAGGAUGAUGUCAGCCCCAUGAAUCCUCCCAAGUUCGACAAGAUUGAAGACAUGGCCAUGAUGACCCAUCUCAAUGAAGCCUCUGUGCUUUAUAACCUCAAAGAGCGUUAUGCAGCAUGGAUGAUCUACACCUACUCUGGACUGUUCUGCGCGACUGUGAACCCCUACAAAUGGCUUCCAGUGUAUGAUGCAGAAGUGGUGGCUGCCUACAGAGGCAAAAAGCGCAUGGAGGCCCCACCCCACAUCUUCUCUGUCUCUGACAAUGCCUACCAGUUCAUGCUUACUGACAGGGAGAACCAGUCUGUCCUGAUUACUGGAGAAUCCGGUGCUGGAAAGACUGUGAACACCAAGCGUGUCAUCCAGUACUUUGCCACAGUUGCUGUACAAGGUGACAAGAAGAAGGAGCAAACGCCCGGCAAAAUGCAGGGAUCUCUUGAGGACCAGAUCAUUGCUGCUAACCCAUUGCUUGAGGCCUAUGGUAAUGCCAAGACAGUGAGAAAUGACAACUCCUCACGCUUCGGUAAAUUCAUCAGAAUCCACUUUGGCACAACUGGCAAACUGGCCAGUGCUGACAUUGAGACCUAUCUGCUGGAGAAGUCUAGAGUAUCAUUCCAGCUUCCAGAUGAGAGAGGCUACCACAUCUUCUACCAGAUGAUGACCAACCAUAAGCCUGAGUUGAUUGAAAUGACCCUCAUCACAACCAACCCCUAUGACUUCCCCAUGUGCAGUCAGGGUCAAAUCACAGUGGCCAGCAUUGAUGACAAGGAAGAGCUGGUUGCCACAGAUACUGCCAUUGACAUUCUGGGCUUCACUAAUGAGGAGAAGAUGGGCAUCUACAAAUUUACUGGAGCUGUUCUCCAUCAUGGCAACAUGAAGUUCAAGCAAAAGCAGCGUGAGGAGCAGGCUGAGCCUGACGGCACAGAGGAGGCUGACAAAAUUGCCUAUCUUCUGGGCUUGAACUCCGCUGAUAUGCUGAAGGCUUUGUGCUACCCUAGAGUGAAGGUCGGAAAUGAGUUUGUCACAAAGGGACAGACCGUGCCACAGGUGUACAAUUCUGUCAGCGCCCUGGCCAAAUCUAUCUAUGAGAGGAUGUUCUUGUGGAUGGUUAUUCGUAUCAACCAGAUGUUGGACACAAAACAACAAAGAAAUUUCUUCAUUGGUGUGCUGGACAUUGCUGGAUUUGAAAUCUUUGAUUUCAACAGCAUGGAGCAGCUGUGUAUCAACUUCACCAAUGAGAAACUGCAGCAGUUCUUCAACCACCACAUGUUCGUCCUGGAGCAAGAAGAGUACAAGAAGGAGGGCAUUAUCUGGGAGUUCAUUGACUUCGGCAUGGACUUGGCCUCUUGCAUUGAGCUUAUUGAGAAACCCAUGGGUAUCUUCUCCAUCCUUGAAGAGGAGUGCAUGUUCCCCAAGGCAACAGACACCAGCUUCAAGAACAAGCUGUAUGAUCAGCAUCUUGGAAAGUGUAAUGCUUUCCAGAAGCCCAAGCCUGCCAAAGGCAAGGCUGAAGCCCACUUCUCCCUGGUUCACUAUGCUGGUACUGUGGACUACAACAUUGCUGGCUGGCUGGAUAAGAACAAGGACCCACUGAACGAGUCUGUUUUGCAGCUGUACCAGAAGUCUGCAGUGAAACUGCUGGCUACCCUCUACCCACCUGCUGUUGAAGGUAAUUUCAAUAACAAAAAUAGUUUGUUAAACAUGGAUUUCAUCUGGAAAGCACAAACAUUGCCUCAUUAACUGUUUUAAACAGAGCCUAAGGGAGGCAAGGGAGGCAAGAAGAAGGGUGGUUCCAUGCAGACCGUGUCCUCACAGUUCAGGGAGAACUUGGGCAAACUAAUGACCAACUUGAGGAGCACACAUCCUCACUUUGUGCGUUGCCUGAUUCCCAAUGAGUCCAAGACUCCAGGUCUCAUGGAGAACUUCCUGGUUAUCCACCAGCUUAGAUGCAAUGGUGUACUGGAAGGUAUCAGAAUCUGCAGAAAGGGAUUCCCCAGCAGAAUCCUUUAUGGUGACUUCAAACAGAGAUACAAAGUGCUGAAUGCCAGUGUCAUCCCUGAGGGUCAGUUUAUUGACAACAAGAAGGCCUCUGAGAAGCUUCUAGGGUCCAUUGAUGUCGACCAUGACCAGUACAGAUUUGGUCACACAAAGGUGUUCUUCAAAGCUGGUCUGCUGGGUACUCUUGAAGAGAUGCGAGAUGAGAAACUGGCUGCUCUGGUCACAAUGACUCAGGCUGUUUGCCGCGGUUAUCUCAUGAGAAGAGAGUUUGUCAAGAUGAUGGAAAGGAGGGAAUCCAUUUACACCAUCCAGUACAACAUCCGCUCAUUCAUGAAUGUCAAACACUGGCCAUGGAUGAAGGUGUACUACAAGAUCAAGCCUCUGUUGAAGAGUGCUGAGACUGAGAAGGAGCUUGCCACCAUGAAAGAUGAUUUCGCUAAAUGCAAGGAAGAUCUGGCCAAGGCUGAGGCCAAAAAGAAGGAGCUUGAGGAAAAAAUGGUGUCUCUGCUUCAAGAGAAGAAUGAUCUGCAGCUUCAAGUGGCAUCAGAAUCUGAGAAUCUGUCUGAUGCUGAGGAGAGAUGUGAGGGUCUGAUCAAGAGCAAAAUCCAGCUUGAGGCUAAACUCAAAGAGACCACUGAGAGACUGGAGGAUGAGGAAGAAAUCAAUGCUGAGCUGACUGCCAAGAAGAGGAAACUGGAGGAUGAGUGCUCCGAGCUCAAGAAGGACAUUGAUGACUUGGAGCUGACCUUGGCUAAAGUGGAGAAAGAGAAACAUGCCACUGAAAACAAGGUGAAGAACCUCACUGAGGAGAUGGCAGCUCAAGAUGAGAGCAUUUCUAAACUCACCAAGGAGAAAAAAGCCCUCCAAGAGGCACAUCAGCAGACUCUUGAUGAUCUUCAGGCAGAAGAAGACAAAGUCAACACUCUGACAAAGUCCAAGACUAAGCUUGAGCAACAAGUGGAUGAUCUGGAGGGUUCUCUGGAGCAAGAGAAGAAGCUCCGCAUGGACCUGGAGAGAGCCAAGAGAAAGCUUGAGGGUGAUCUGAAACUGGCUCAGGAAUCCAUCAUGGACCUGGAGAAUGACAAGCAGCAGUCUGACGAGAAAUUGAAGAAGAAAGACUUUGAAAUUAGCCAACUUCUUAGCAAGAUUGAGGAUGAGCAAUCUCUGGGUGCUCAGCUUCAGAAGAAGAUUAAGGAACUUCAGGCCCGCAUUGAGGAGCUGGAGGAAGAGAUUGAGGCUGAACGUGCUGCUCGUGCCAAGGUUGAGAAACAGAGAGCUGAUUUGUCCAGGGAACUUGAGGAGAUCAGUGAGAGGCUUGAGGAAGCUGGAGGAGCAACUGCUGCUCAGAUUGAGAUGAACAAGAAGCGCGAGGCUGAGUUCCAGAAGCUGCGUCGUGAUCUUGAAGAGUCCACUCUGCAGCAUGAAGCCACUGCUGCUGCUCUCCGCAAGAAGCAGGCCGACAGCGUUGCUGAGCUUGGAGAACAAAUCGACAACCUGCAGCGCGUCAAGCAGAAGCUCGAGAAAGAAAAGAGUGAAUACAAAAUGGAGAUUGAUGAUCUCUCCAGCAACAUGGAAGCUGUUGCUAAGGCCAAGGCAAAUCUGGAGAAGAUGUGCAGAACCCUUGAAGAUCAACUGAGUGAAGUCAAGACCAAAAGUGAUGAGGGUGUGCGCCAAAUCAAUGACCUCAGUGCUCAGAAAGCUAGGCUCCAGACUGAGAAUGGUGAGUUUGGACGCCAACUGGAGGAGAAAGAGGCUCUGGUUUCUCAGCUGACCAGAGGAAAACAGGCCUUUACUCAGCAAAUUGAGGAGCUUAAGAGGCAGAUUGAGGAGGAGGUUAAGGCAAAGAAUGCCCUGGCCCAUGGACUGCAGUCUGCUCGUCAUGACUGUGAUCUUCUCAGGGAGCAGUUUGAGGAAGAGCAGGAAGCAAAGGCUGAGCUUCAGCGUUCAAUGUCCAAGGCCAACAGCGAGGUUGCCCAGUGGAGGUCUAAAUAUGAAACUGAUGCCAUCCAGCGCACUGAGGAGCUUGAGGAGGCGAAGAAGAAGCUGGCACAGCGUCUUCAGGAGGCUGAGGAACAAAUUGAGGCUGUAAACUCCAAGUGUGCAUCUCUGGAGAAGACCAAGCAGAGACUCCAGGGUGAGGUGGAGGACCUCAUGAUUGAUGUGGAGAGAGCCAAUGCUUUGGCUGCCAACCUUGACAAGAAGCAGAGAAACUUUGAUAAGGUGCUGGCAGAAUGGAAGCAGAAGUUUGAGGAGGGUCAGGCAGAGCUGGAGGGAGCCCAGAAGGAGGCUCGUGGUCUGAGCACUGAACUCUUCAAGAUGAAGAACUCUUAUGAGGAAGCUCUUGACCAACUGGAGACCCUCAAGAGAGAGAACAAGAAUCUGCAACAGGAGAUCUCAGACCUGACUGAACAGAUUGGUGAGACUGGAAAGAGCAUUCAUGAGCUGGAGAAGGCCAAGAAGACAGUGGAGACUGAGAAGGCAGAGAUUCAGACUGCCCUGGAAGAGGCAGAGGGAACUCUGGAACAUGAGGAGUCCAAGAUUCUCCGUGUUCAGCUUGAGCUUAACCAGGUCAAGAGUGAAGUUGACAGGAAGCUUGCAGAGAAGGAUGAGGAGAUGGAGCAGAUCAAGAGGAACAGCCAGAGAGUGAUUGAAUCCAUGCAGAGCACUCUGGACUCUGAGGUCAGAAGCAGGAAUGAUGCUUUGAGAGUCAAGAAGAAGAUGGAAGGAGAUCUCAAUGAGAUGGAAAUUCAGCUGAGCCACGCCAAUCGCCAAGCAUCCGAGGCCCAGAAACAACUGAGGAAUGUGCAGGGACAACUGAAGGAUGCCCAACUGCACCUUGAUGAUGCUGUGAGGGGACAAGAAGACAUGAAGGAACAGGUGGCCAUGGUGGAGCGCAGGAACACUCUGAUGUUGUCUGAGAUUGAGGAGCUCAGAGCAGCCCUGGAGCAGACAGAGAGAGGUCGCAAGGUGGCAGAGCAAGAGCUGGUGGAUGCCAGUGAGCGUGUUGCAUUGCUCCACUCUCAGAACACAAGUCUGCUGAACACCAAGAAGAAGCUUGAGGCUGACCUGGUUCAAGUCCAAGGUGAGGUUGAUGACACUGUGCAGGAAGCAAGAAAUGCAGAGGAUAAGGCCAAGAAAGCCAUCACUGAUGCUGCAAUGAUGGCAGAAGAGCUCAAGAAGGAGCAGGACACCAGUGCUCACCUUGAGAGGAUGAAGAAGAACCUGGAGGUCACAGUGAAAGACCUGCAGCAUCGCCUGGAUGAGGCUGAGAAUCUGGCUAUGAAGGGUGGAAAGAAACAACUCCAGAAACUGGAGUCCAGGGUUCGUGAGCUGGAAGCUGAAGUUGAGGCUGAACAGAGGCGCGGAGUCGAUGCUGUUAAGGGUGUCCGCAAAUACGAGAGAAGAGUGAAGGAACUCACUUACCAGACUGAGGAGGACAAGAAGAAUCUCACCAGGCUGCAGGAUCUGGUUGACAAGCUGCAGCUGAAGGUCAAGGCUUACAAGAGACAAGCUGAGGAAGCUGAGGAACAAGCCAACAGCCACUUGUCUAAGCUCAGGAAAGUGCAGCAUGACAUGGAGGAGGCAGAGGAGCGUGCUGACAUUGCAGAGUCUCAGGUCAACAAGCUCAGAGCUAAGAGCCGGGAUAGUGGCAAGGUUUACGCUUUCUUGGUUGAUGAAUCGAGAACGAGAUUUGGGUCAGCCGCCACCAUGAGUACGGACGCGGAAAUGGCUGUUUAUGGCAAAGCUGCCAUCUACCUCCGAAAACCAGAGAAGGAGAGAAUUGAGGCUCAAAGCAAGCCCUUUGAUGCUAAGAGCGCUUGCUAUGUAGCUGAUGUAAAAGAGCUGUACCUUAAGGGUACAAUCAAGAGCAGAGAUGGCGGCAAAGUCGUUGUUGAAGUUCUUGACACCAAGGAGGAGAGAACAGUUAAGGAGGAUGAUGUCAGCCCCAUGAAUCCUCCCAAGUUCGACAAGAUUGAGGACAUGGCCAUGAUGACCCAUCUCAAUGAAGCCUCUGUGCUUUAUAACCUCAAAGAGCGUUAUGCAGCAUGGAUGAUCUACACCUACUCUGGACUGUUCUGCGCGACUGUGAACCCCUACAAGUGGCUUCCAGUGUAUGACGCAGAAGUGGUGGCUGCCUACAGAGGCAAAAAGCGCAUGGAGGCCCCACCCCACAUCUUCUCUGUCUCUGACAAUGCCUACCAGUUCAUGCUUACUGACAGAGAGAACCAGUCUGUCCUGAUUACUGGAGAAUCCGGUGCUGGAAAGACUGUGAACACCAAGCGUGUCAUCCAGUACUUUGCCACAGUUGCUGUACAAGGUGACAAGAAGAAGGAAUCCGCCAGCAAAAUGCAGGGAUCUCUUGAGGACCAGAUCAUUGCUGCUAACCCAUUGCUUGAGGCCUAUGGUAAUGCCAAGACAGUGAGAAAUGACAACUCCUCUCGUUUCGGUAAAUUUAUCAGAAUCCACUUUGGCACAAGUGGUAAACUGGCCAGUGCUGAUAUUGAAACCUAUCUGCUGGAGAAGUCUAGAGUAACAUUCCAGCUUUCAGAUGAGAGAGGCUACCACAUCUUCUACCAGAUGAUGACCAACCAUAAACCUGAGCUGAUUGAAAUGACCCUCAUCACCACCAACCCCUAUGACUUCCCCAUGUGCAGUCAGGGUCAAAUCACAGUGGCCAGCAUUGAUGACAAAGAAGAGCUGGUUGCCACAGACACUGCCAUUGACAUUCUGGGCUUCACUAAUGAGGAGAAGAUGAGCAUCUACAAAUUCACCGGAGCUGUUCUGCAUCAUGGCAACAUGAAGUUCAAGCAAAAGCAGCGUGAGGAGCAGGCUGAGCCUGAUGGCACAGAGGAUGCUGACAAAGUCGCUUAUCUUCUGGGCUUGAACUCAGCUGAUAUGCUGAAGGCCUUGUGCUACCCUAGAGUGAAGGUCGGAAAUGAGUUUGUCACAAAGGGACAGACCGUGCCACAGGUGUACAAUGCUGUCAGCGCCCUGGCCAAGUCCAUCUAUGAGAGGAUGUUCUUGUGGAUGGUCAUUCGUAUCAACCAGAUGUUGGACACAAAACAACAAAGAAAUUUCUUCAUUGGUGUGCUGGAUAUUGCUGGAUUUGAAAUCUUUGAUUUCAACAGCAUGGAGCAGCUGUGUAUCAACUUCACCAAUGAGAAACUGCAGCAGUUCUUCAACCACCACAUGUUCGUCCUGGAGCAAGAAGAGUACAAGAAGGAGGGCAUUAUCUGGGAGUUCAUUGAUUUCGGCAUGGACUUGGCUGCUUGCAUUGAGCUCAUUGAGAAACCCAUGGGUAUCUUUUCCAUCCUUGAAGAGGAGUGCAUGUUCCCCAAGGCAACAGACACCAGCUUCAAGAACAAGCUGUAUGAUCAGCAUCUUGGAAAGUGUAAUGCUUUCCAGAAGCCCAAGCCUGCCAAAGGCAAGGCUGAAGCCCACUUCUCUCUGGUUCACUAUGCUGGUACUGUGGACUACAACAUUGCUGGCUGGCUGGAUAAGAACAAGGAUCCACUGAACGAGUCUGUUGUGCAGCUGUACCAGAAGUCUGCAGUGAAACUGCUGGCUACCCUCUACCCACCUGUUGUUGAAGAAACUGGCGGCAAGAAGGGUGGCAAGAAGAAGGGUGGUUCCAUGCAGACUGUGUCCUCACAGUUCAGAGAAAAUUUGGGCAAGCUAAUGACCAACUUGAGGAGCACACAUCCUCACUUUGUGCGUUGCCUGAUUCCCAAUGAGUCCAAGACUCCAGGUCUUAUGGAGAACUUCCUGGUUAUCCACCAGCUUAGAUGUAACGGUGUGCUGGAAGGUAUCAGAAUCUGCAGAAAGGGAUUCCCCAGCAGAAUCCUUUAUGGUGACUUUAAACAGAGAUACAAAGUGCUGAAUGCCAGUGUCAUCCCUGAGGGUCAGUUUAUUGACAACAAGAAGGCCUGUGAGAAGCUCCUGGGGUCCAUUGAUAUCGACCAUGACCAGUACAGAUUUGGUCACACAAAGGUGUUCUUCAAAGCUGGUCUUCUGGGUACCCUUGAAGAGAUGCGAGAUGAGAAACUGGCUGCUUUGGUCACAAUGACUCAGGCUGUUUGCCGCGGUUACCUCAUGAGAAGAGAGUUUGUCAAGAUGAUGGAAAGAAGGGAAUCCAUUUACACCAUUCAGUACAACAUCCGCUCAUUCAUGAAUGUCAAACACUGGCCAUGGAUGAAGGUGUACUACAAGAUCAAGCCUCUGCUGAAGAGUGCUGAGACUGAGAAGGAGCUGGCCACCAUGAAAGAGGAUUUCGCUAAAUGCAAGGAAGACCUGGCCAAGGCUGAGGCCAAAAAGAAGGAGCUUGAGGAGAAAAUGGUGUCUCUGCUGCAAGAGAGGAAUGACCUGCAGCUUCAAGUGGCAUCAGAAUCUGAGAAUCUGUCUGAUGCUGAGGAGAGAUGUGAGGGUCUGAUCAAGAGCAAAAUCCAGCUUGAGGCUAAACUCAAAGAGACCACUGAGAGACUGGAGGAUGAGGAAGAAAUCAAUGCUGAGCUGACUGCCAAGAAGAGGAAACUGGAGGAUGAGUGCUCCGAGCUCAAGAAGGACAUUGAUGACUUGGAGCUGACCUUGGCUAAAGUGGAGAAAGAGAAACAUGCCACUGAAAACAAGGUGAAGAACCUCACUGAGGAGAUGGCAGCUCAAGAUGAGAGCAUUGCUAAACUCACCAAGGAGAAGAAAGCCCUCCAAGAGGCACAUCAGCAGACUCUUGAUGACCUUCAGGCAGAGGAAGACAAAGUCAACACUCUGACAAAGUCUAAGACUAAGCUUGAGCAACAAGUGGAUGAUCUGGAGGGUUCUCUGGAGCAAGAGAAGAAGCUCCGUAUGGACCUGGAGAGAGCCAAGAGAAAGCUUGAGGGUGAUCUGAAACUGGCUCAGGAAUCCAUCAUGGACCUGGAGAAUGACAAGCAGCAGUCUGAUGAGAAGCUGAAGAAGAAAGACUUUGAAAUCAGCCAGCUUCUUAGCAAGAUUGAAGAUGAGCAAUCUCUGGGUGCUCAGCUUCAGAAGAAGAUUAAGGAACUUCAGGCCCGCAUUGAGGAGCUGGAGGAAGAGAUUGAGGCUGAACGUGCUGCUCGUGCCAAGGUUGAGAAACAGAGAGCUGAUCUGUCCAGGGAACUUGAGGAGAUCAGUGAGAGGCUUGAGGAAGCUGGAGGAGCAACUGCUGCUCAGAUUGAGAUGAACAAGAAGCGCGAGGCUGAGUUCCAGAAGCUGCGUCGUGAUCUUGAAGAGUCCACUCUGCAGCAUGAAGCCACUGCUGCUGCUCUCCGCAAGAAGCAGGCCGACAGCGUUGCUGAGCUUGGAGAACAAAUCGACAACCUGCAGCGCGUCAAGCAGAAGCUCGAGAAAGAAAAGAGUGAAUACAAAAUGGAGAUUGAUGAUCUCUCCAGCAACAUGGAAGCGGUUGCUAAGGCCAAGGCAAAUCUUGAGAAGAUGUGCAGAACCCUUGAGGAUCAGCUCAGUGAAAUCAAGACCAAAAAUGAUGAGAAUGUUCGCCAAAUCAAUGACAUCGGUGCUCAGAAGGCUAGGCUCCAGACUGAGAACGGUGAGUUUGGGCGCCAGCUGGAGGAGAAGGAAUCUCUGGUUUCUCAGCUGACCAGAGGAAAACAGGCCUUUACUCAGCAAAUUGAGGAGCUUAAGAGGCAGAUUGAGGAAGAGGUUAAGGCAAAGAAUGCCCUGGCCCAUGGACUGCAGUCUGCUCGUCAUGACUGUGACCUUCUCAGGGAGCAGUUUGAGGAGGAGCAGGAAGCAAAGGCUGAGCUUCAGCGUUCAAUGUCUAAGGCCAACAGCGAGGUGGCCCAGUGGAGGUCUAAAUAUGAAACUGAUGCCAUCCAGCGCACUGAGGAGCUUGAGGAGGCAAAGAAGAAGCUGGCACAGCGUCUUCAGGAGGCUGAGGAACAAAUUGAGGCUGUGAACUCCAAGUGUGCCUCUCUGGAGAAAACCAAGCAGAGACUCCAGGGUGAGGUGGAGGACCUCAUGAUUGAUGUGGAGAGAGCCAAUGCUUUGGCUGCCAAUCUUGACAAGAAGCAGAGGAACUUUGACAAGGUCUUGGCAGAAUGGAAGCAGAAGUUUGAGGAGGGUCAGGCAGAGCUGGAGGGAGCCCAGAAGGAGGCUCGUGGUCUGAGCACUGAACUCUUCAAGAUGAAGAACUCUUAUGAGGAAGCUCUUGACCAACUGGAGACCCUCAAGAGAGAGAACAAGAAUCUGCAACAGGAGAUCUCAGAUCUGACUGAACAGAUUGGUGAGACUGGAAAGAGCAUUCAUGAGCUGGAGAAGGCCAAGAAGACAGUGGAGACUGAGAAGGCAGAGAUUCAGACUGCCCUGGAAGAGGCAGAGGGUACUCUGGAGCAUGAGGAGUCCAAGAUUCUCCGUGUCCAGCUUGAGCUCAACCAGGUCAAGGGUGAAGUUGACAGGAAGCUUGCAGAGAAGGAUGAGGAGAUGGAGCAGAUCAAGAGGAACAGCCAGAGAGUGAUUGAAUCCAUGCAGAGCACUCUGGACUCUGAGGUCAGAAGCAGGAAUGAUGCUUUGAGAAUCAAGAAGAAGAUGGAAGGAGAUCUCAAUGAGAUGGAAAUUCAGCUGAGCCACGCCAAUCGCCAAGCAUCUGAGGCCCAGAAACAACUGAGGAAUGUGCAGGGACAACUGAAGGAUGCCCAGCUGCACCUUGAUGAUGCUGUGAGGGGACAAGAAGACAUGAAGGAACAGGUGGCCAUGGUGGAGCGCAGGAACACUCUGAUGUUGGCUGAGAUUGAGGAGCUCAGAGCUGCCCUGGAGCAGACAGAGAGAGGUCGCAAGGUGGCCGAGCAAGAGCUGGUGGAUGCCAGUGAGCGUGUUGCACUGCUCCACUCUCAGAACACAAGUCUGCUGAACACCAAGAAGAAGCUUGAGGCUGACCUUGUUCAAGUCCAAGGUGAGGUGGAUGACACUGUGCAGGAAGCAAGAAAUGCAGAGGAUAAGGCCAAGAAAGCCAUUACUGAUGCUGCAAUGAUGGCAGAAGAGCUCAAGAAGGAGCAGGACACCAGUGCUCACCUGGAGAGGAUGAAGAAGAACCUGGAGGUCACAGUGAAAGACCUACAGCACCGCCUGGAUGAGGCUGAGAAUCUGGCCAUGAAGGGUGGAAAGAAACAACUCCAGAAACUUGAGUCCAGGGUGCGUGAGCUGGAAGCUGAAGUUGAGGCUGAACAGAGGCGUGGAGUCGAUGCUGUUAAGGGUGUCCGCAAAUACGAGAGAAGAGUGAAGGAACUCACUUACCAGACUGAGGAGGACAAGAAGAAUCUCACCAGGCUGCAGGAUCUGGUUGACAAGCUGCAGCUGAAGGUCAAGGCUUACAAGAGACAAGCUGAGGAAGCUGAGGAACAAGCCAAUGGUCACCUGUCCAAGCUCAGAAAGGCCCAGCAUGACCUGGAGGAGGCUGAAGAGCGUGCUGACAUUGCUGAGUCUCAGGUUAACAAGCUCAGAGCCAAGAGCAGAGAUGCUGGAAAGGCCAAAGAAGAGUAAAUGUCAAAGGCAUGAUUCUGCUCUGGCCAUAAAUUAUGAUCAUGCAACAGAAGUUGUUUUUUCAGUAAAUUAAAUAAAACUGUAUAUAACAGAACAA